GGCAACGGCAAGUCGCCUGAUAACAGUGCAGCAAGAUGGAUGGAGACAAGGUCCACGCAUCCCUGCGCAGUGUAAGAGGAGGUGGAAGAAGAUACAUCCGGAUCAGGUCGGCAAUGUGAAAACAGCAGAGGAAAAUGUGCAGGACGUUAUUUAGGAUGCAGUGUAUGCAAUGGCGUUGUUCACUUCUGCUCCUGCAUCGAGAUUGCCGGUUGGGGGGCUGCUCUCCCAUCUCACCCAAGGACCUCAACGUUCCUUAUCUUGGUUCUUCAUACAUCCGUCUUGCGGAGAUUCUAGGAUCGACAGCACUCUCUUCGGCCGUCUUCCCGUCUUCUGUGUGCAGCUCCAUGCGUUGAGACGGACAGCCUUACCGCCAGAAAUGCGUGCUUGCGAUUGACUGAUCAUUGCUGAGCCAACCUGCAGCGCGGCCCACUGUCAGUGUAACCUACGCUUGUCACGGCGCGGAAUGGGAAACAUGACAACCUCCAUAUCUGUCGUUCGCAGUCCAUCAGCCAAUUGAGCCCGCCAGGCG